CUCGGUCCGUCCUCUAGGGGCGCGCGCAGUGCGUGGCAGCCGGCAGCAGCUAAGAGCGCGGGUCGCGUGGUGGUGCGUGGUUGCUAGGGGCACCUGAGGCCGCCCGCUCGCCGGCUCAGCAGGCCGAGGGAGGGACCAGCAUAUUUUGUUUGCCCCAGUACUUUGUGUAGCUCUGGGACCACGGCAGUCAUUGCAGGUCACAGCAACUCCUGUUACCUGCACUCCCUCCCAGACUUGUUCAGCAGUACCCUGCUAUACCGACGCUCCAACUAUAGGCACAAACCGUAUCAGCAGCUGGAGUCUUUCUGCUUGCAUUCAAGCCCAUCCGAAAAAAGACCUUUUUCUCUCCCUCAGAAGAGCCUCCCUGUCAGUCUCACUGCCAAUAAGACCACUUUUUCCACAGUCUCCCCUAUGGCCCAGCCCAUGGCCUCCUCCACAGAUCCAUACCGGUCAUCACUGGGAGCAGCUGGAGAAAACUCAUCAGGGAAGACCCUGGCCUAUGCCAUCUCAGGGAAGAUCCCAUCUCCACUCUCCUCCUCCUAUAAGCCCACACUAAAUAACAACUCCUUCAUGCGGCCAAAUAGCACUAAAGUGCCUUUAUCACAGGCCCCAGAGGGCCUGAAGCCAGUAUCCACCCCCAAGAUUCACAUUGUCUCCUGGCAUCAUUCAGGGGGUACUGGAGACUGUACACCCCAGCCUAUUGACCGUAAGUUGCCCAAAAGCAAUGGCACUGUCCUAAAUGACGCCACUGCCCAUGCUACCAUGUCUGCCCCUAGCUCCCUGGACACAUUCAUCACCAGUGUUGCCUCUCCCCAGUAUAACCGGAAUAACUCAGCCAUGAGAGCAGAGCCACGUAUCUCUGGCCUGGAUGACAACUCUGAUUCCCAGGCUCAUACUAAGGAGGUUCGGUUCACUGAAGCUGUGAGGAAGUUGACUGCAAGAAGCUUUGGGAAGAUGCCAAGGCAAGGCUACCAAUUUGAACAAUCUUGUUUUGUGAACCCCAGCUUCCAGUGGAGCCUCCCCAACAAGAACAGGCGGUGGAAGCCUCCCAUGGUAGGCCAGUUGCCUCAGGAGGAUGCUGGAACAGACAGCAGGAUUCUCCCAGGUCCCCCAGACACCUUGGGGUUGGACAGUACAGUCUUCUGUACCAAACGGAUCAGCAUUCACCUCCUUGCCUCACCUGCCAAUGGGCUCAGCCAUAGCCCUACCUGUGGAUCUGUGAUCGAAACCCCACCACUUGGAGGUGACAAAAUUCUGGUUCCCCAUUCUCCCCCUCAACUGCUUGGUGUAGCUGAUGUGGCUACCCACCUCUCUUCCAUCCAUCUGGGCCAGCCUGUGAAGGAGCCUAAGGAAGGCAGGCAGCUGCACUUACCUGCUAGGGAUAUUAGUUCAGCUACUGACCUGCAGCCAGACCAGGUAGAAGCUGAAGAUGCAGAAGAAGAUCUAGUAGAUGGUUUGGAAGACUGCUGCAGCCAGGAUGAGAAUGAAGAGGAGGAGGGAGACUUGGAGUGCUCCUCCUUCAGUGCUGUCUCCCGCAGCGAGUCAGUGGCAGUGAUCUCUCGGAGCUGUGCGGAGAUUCUGACCAAACCUCUUUCUAAUCAUGAGAAAGUUGUCCGACCAGCCCUCAUCUAUAGUCUUUUUCCCAAUGUGCCCCCUACCAUCUAUUUUGGCACUAGAGAUGAGCGAGUGGAGAAACUUCCCUGGGAGCAGAGGAAGCUGCUGCGAUGGAAGAUGAGCACAGUGACCCCCAACAUUGUCAAGCAGACCAUUGGACGGUCCCACUUCAAAGUCAGCAAGAGAAAUGAUGACUGGCUGGGCUGCUGGGGUCACCACAUGAAGUCUGCUAGUUUCCGAUCCAUUCGAGAGUAUCAGAAGCUAAACCACUUCCCAGGUUCAUUCCAGAUUGGGCGGAAGGACCGGCUGUGGCGGAACCUAUCCCGCAUGCAGAGCCGCUUUGGCAAGAAGGAGUUCAGUUUCUUCCCCCAAUCCUUUAUCCUGCCCCAAGAUGCCAAGCUCCUACGUAAAGCUUGGGAGAAUAGCAGCCGCCAGAAGUGGAUCGUCAAGCCACCAGCAUCAGCUCGAGGCAUUGGCAUCCAGGUCAUUCACAAGUGGAGUCAGCUUCCCAAGCGAAGGCCCCUCCUGGUACAGAGGUAUCUACACAAACCCUACCUCAUCAGUGGCAGCAAGUUUGAUCUACGGAUCUAUGUUUACGUCACUUCCUAUGAUCCUCUACGGAUUUACCUCUUUACAGAUGGACUUGUCCGCUUUGCCAGUUGCAAGUAUUCCCCUUCCAUGAAGAGCCUUGGCAACAAGUUCAUGCAUCUGACUAACUAUAGUGUCAAUAGAAAGAAUGUGGAGUACCAGGCCAAUGCAGAUGAAACAGCCUGCCAGGGCCACAAAUGGGCACUGAAGGCUUUAUGGAACUACCUGAGCCAGAAGGGAAUCAACAGUGAUAUCAUCUGGGAGAAGAUAAAGGAUGUUGUUGUCAAAACCAUCAUCUCGUCAGAGCCCUAUGUAACCAGCCUGCUCAAGAUGUAUGUGCGGCGGCCCUACAACUGCCAUGAGCUUUUUGGUUUCGAUGUCAUGCUGGAUGAGAACCUCAAGCCCUGGGUACUAGAAGUCAACAUUUCCCCGAGCCUCCACUCUAACUCUCCGUUGGACAUCAGCAUCAAAGGCCAGAUGAUCCGUGACCUUCUGAACCUGGCAGGGUUUGUUCUGCCCAGUGCAGAGGAGAUCCUUUCCAGUUCCAGCAGCUCCAGCAGCUCCACCACCAGCCUGACCAGCACCCCCAAGGACAGAUUUCGAAUGGCUCCAGAGCAGUUCACUGCCCAGAAGAUGAAGAAAGCCUAUUACCUGACCCAGAAAAUUCCUGAUCAGGACUUCUAUGCAUCUGUGUUGGAUGUCCUGACGCCAGAUGAUGUUCGGGUUCUGGUGGAGAUGGAGGAUGAGUUUUCUCGCCGUGGUCAAUUUGAACGAAUUUUUCCUUCUCGGAUCUCCACUCGCUAUCUCCGCUUUUUUGAACAGCCACGAUAUUUCAACAUUCUUACUACCCAGUGGGAACAAAAGUACCAUAGCAACAAGCUCAAAGGAGUAGAUCUCCUUCGGAGUUGGUGCUACAAAGGAUUCCACACAGGAGUCGUCUCUGAUUCUGCUCCUGUGUGGUCUCUCCCGACAUCACUUCUGCCGGACCCAAAGGAUGAUGUGAUGCUUAAUGCCUUCUGCAAAUCAGAGAUUGACAACCUGGGAAACUUAAUUCCUCAAAGGACAGUGAGGACACCAGCAAAGAGCCUAGCCUCUCUACCCAGAUGUUACCUCUGAUCAAGUACUCUGGGCCAACUUCAAGACUUUCUGCUUCCUCUAUUUCCCAGUCAACCAGUGACUCCCUCCUUGCUGCUGUGAGCCCAUGACUGGCCUCCAUCCACUAGUCCUUCCCCAGGAGCACCAGUGUUAGCUACCUCAUGGGAACGUGCUGGCCUUUCUGAACCCCUGCCUCCUCCACCUUGCCCUCAUUAGACUAUUUUUUGGAUUUGUUGAAUUGCAGAGGUGGAUAUCUGUAGGAUUAGAGGGAUGGUGAGGAAGGAUGAGGGGAAGAUGAAGAUUUACUGUAUCACUUGGCAGGCAUCUCAUAUCUCAGCAGAGAAACCAAUGGUGGCUAUACAGCCUUAUAAAGCAGGGUUUGGUUUCU